AUGAAAAUUGUUGAAAUGUGCAAUGGAUUGCCUCUAACAAUCAUCCUUGUGGCAGGAAUUUUAAGAUCCAUGGAACCAAAUGAUUGGAAGAGGGUCAUAGAUAGUGUAAACCGUGGCAAUCAACAGGUCUUGGUCAAGAGUUUGCUUGCAUUAUGGAUGGUUGAAGGGUUCAUCCGGAAAGUGGAGACGAAGCGCCUGUCAGAUGUUGCUGGAGAGUAUCUGAAUGAUCUGAUAGGAAGAAGUUUACUAAUGGUUUCCAAAGUAACAUCCACGGGCCGAGUGAAAAGGUGCCGAGUCCAUGACUUGCUGCAUGAAUUCUGCUCACAAAAGACGAAAGAGGAACAGUUUUUCCAUUUCCUGGAACGAGGCUACGAUGAAUUGUCAGGAUUCAACGAGCCACCGUAUCUACGGAGGUUAUGCGUUCGCUCUAGUGCAGAGGACUUCAUUGAGUCAAAUGUGUUUUGUCCUCGUGUACGUUCUCUGCGCUUCAAAUACUCGCAACAUCAUGUCUCGCAAAGUUUCACAUUAAUGAUGCACAUCUGCAAACGGCUCAGAGUAUUGGAUUUGGAGCAAAUUCAUUUACAUGAUGGAAUUCCUUGCGAGAUAGGAGAGCUUGUUGGGUUUGCUUACCUUGCCAUUGGAGGUUCUGUGAGGGAAAUUCCGCAAUCUACAGAGAUGCCUUCUUGUUUUGGAAACAUUCAAACGCUUCAGCUGAUCGAGGUCACUCCGACUGUGACAGAUUUGGUGAAGAAGAUUGAAGAAGUGCAGACAGAUUCUGGAAAUUCCGACCUGAAAAUCAUCAUUUUUAUGGAGCAUUCUUGUGGAGAUAAUAAAGUUGUAUUGAAAGGCUUGUAA